CGGGAGUUCCGGCGGGAAGUCGUGCGUGAUCCCUUUCCAAUACCAGGGGAAGACGUACCACAGCUGCACCAACCAGAACAGCCCAGCGAGCUACUGGUGCAGCACCACAGAAGACUACGGGCGAGACGGGCUGUGGAGCUACUGCGCCGACACAGCCGUGGGCGGCACCCAGCCCGGAGCCCCCUGCGUCUUCCCGUUCACCUACCGGAAUGGCACCCACCACAGCUGCACGACGGCGGGCGAGGAGGGCGGGCGUCCCUGGUGCUCCACCACCGACAACUACCCCCGGGAUCAGAUCGGAAGAGCGCAAGAUACGGUUCGCGAAGGUACCGACGAAGCGGGGCCCGCAGAGGCUACGUUGAAUAAGCAGAACAGGACGAGUGGAGAAAUAAAUAGUCCCGGGGACAGAGUUGACCAGACCCCGGCAGAGAGGAUGGCGCCGACUGAUCUGUUCCUGUUUGGGGCCACCCUGUUGGCCGCCUCCAUAGGGGCGGGGGCCAAGGACGCCCCCUGUGUCUUCCCCUUCACGUACCAGAACAAGCAUUACACGGCGUGCACCUCCGUGGGCGCCAACGAGGGGAAGCUCUGGUGUUCUGAGACUCAAAACUACGACAAGGACGAGAAGUGGCACUACUGUUCCACCUCCGCCUACGGGGGCAGCUCCGAAGGGCAGCCCUGCGUCUUCCCCUUCCGCUACAAGGGCCGCAUCCAUCUCACUUGCCCCCGGGACAGCAAGGGAGCCUUCUGGUGCGCCACGACCAGCGACUACGACCUGGACGAGCUCUGGAGCUACUGCCCGGACACCCUCAUUGGGGGAUCGGCCCCCGGAGCCCCCUGCGUCUUCCCGUUCACCUACGGGGACCAGAAGUACUACACCUGCACGACGGCGGGCGAGGAGGGCGGGCGCCUCUGGUGCUCCACCACCGACAACUACCCCCGGGAUCGCAAGUGGACCUACUGCCAUCUCUCAGGCACGGGGGCCAACGAUCCCACCAGCCCCUGCCUCUUCCCCUUCUGGUACCGGGAGGUGGCCUACCAUUCGUGCACCCGGGUCCGAGACGGUAAACUCUGGUGCGCGACCACCCGUGACUACGACAGGGACCGCCGCUGGAAGUACUGCUCCCAGCUAGCCCACGGCGGGAAUUCCGGCGGGAAGGCGUGCGUGUUCCCGUUCCACUACGACGGGAAGCAGUACCAGGCCUGCACAGCCCAGAACAGCCCCGCCGGCUACUGGUGUGGCACCACCAGCAACUACACCCGGGACAAGCAGUGGAGCUACUGCCCCGACACCGCUCCCAGGAUUUGAGACCGUUCCUGAGACUCUGGGCCGGGACCCACGGUCCCCCCUGACCCCCGGGGGCUCCUGAUGUGGGCCGGGAGGAGGGCGGGGGGCGGCGGCCAUGGCUUUCUCCUGCAGGAGUAAAUAAAGUUUGACCUCUCUGGC